CUCAAUCUAUCCCAAAGCAGUCGCCUUGAACUCUCCUCAAGCGCAAAGUUCUUAGCGAAUAUGUUUCCACCUCCUUCAUCCGCCGCUGCCAGUGUUGAAUUUCUCGCAACCCUUUUCGAUAUGGAGUUUGCAGACAAUACUAAAAUUGCCAAAGCCUUUUUGGCUCCUGGUGCCUUGGACAAAGAGGGCCACAGACCCGAGAGUCUGAUCGGAGAUAGCUGCAUAGCGCUCUACCUACGUUCCCAAGGCCUGGCCAGGAAUGCAAGUGUUGACCUGAUCGACCAGGUUGUAUGCCAAAUUAGGCAGAAUAAAAACCUGGCCCAGCGAGGAUUCGACCUGGGCCUGGGUCGCCAUAUCUAUAACAACCCAUCGCAGAGAGGUUAUAUCUCUCAUAAUCUUAUGGCGACAACUGUGCAAGCUAUUAUCGGCGUUAUCUUUCAAGAGAAGGGUUGGGAUCAGGAUGUUUUGCACCAUACCAUGUCUGUCAUUGGCUUGACCUGGCCCGAAUGA